AUGAGUUUAAUUGUACCACAAACAUUUACAUUUGAUUCACAACAUAAUAGUGAUAAUGGAGAUAAAUCACCAUCAAUUAUAUCAUCAUUAUCUUCUCCAACAUAUCAUACAAAUCAAAAAAUUUCUCGAUCACCAUCACUUAAUCCAUCGAUUGGAAAUCGAUCAAAACGUUUACAAGCUGGACCAUCUAUUGAUAUACCAAUUGAUUUAAGUGAUGAUGAAAAUGAUUUUGAUGAUAGUGCAUCAGCUAGAGAAAAUUAUCGUUUUGCACCACAAAUUAUACGUGCACGUCUUUCAAGACAUAAUUCAUUACAUUUAACAACAAAUCAACCAAGAUAUCUUCAUCCAUCAGAACGUAAAUCUGAGCUUCUUGUUAUUCAAGCACCACCACCAGGCUCAACGACAAUAACAGGAAAACAAAAUGUAUCAUUUCAAAAGGGUGUAUAUAGAUCUAUUGUUGAUAAUCAAGCUAUUGUAAUGGCUGCAAAUGCAUUUAAAGAAGUACGUGGUCAAACACUUCUUCAUUUAGCUGCACGUCUUGGUCAUGACGAAAUCAUGCGUUUAUUAAUCUGUGAAACAUCACAAGCUAGUAUGUUAAUGAAUAAAAAAGGACAAACACCAUUAUUAACAGCUAUUGAAGCUGGUUCAAUAUCUACAGCUACGUUAUUAAUGGAAGCCGAUCCAAGAUCAAUUAUUGCUAGUGAUAUUAAUGGUUCUAGUGUAUUUCAUUAUGCAUGUGAACAUUGUAGUGAUGUUGUUUUACAUCGUGCUAUUGCAUUAUCUAAACGACUUAAUUCGACAAGUGAUCGAAUAACUGCAUUACGUCGUAUAACUGAAAGAAAUCGUGUUGGUAAAACUCCAUUCGAUAUAGCUAUUGAAAAAGGUCAAUUAAAAUGUGUAAAACAUAUUGUUUUAUCAUCAUGGCUUGAAGCAAAUAUUGAUAUGAGAGAAUUAAUUGAUGCAUCAUCAAUGAAAAAUGCUAUUGAUCGAGAACAAUUAGAUAUUUUAAUAUUUUUUGUUUCAGAACCAAAAAGAUUUGCUUAUAUUAUUCAUUUAUUAGUGGAAUUAAAUGGACGAUUUUUUAAUUUGUUAGAAUAUGCGAUAAUAUUAAAAAAGAAAGAUAUUGUACGAUUAUUUGUUAGUGUACGUAUACCAAUAGAACAAUAUAAUUUUCGUUUUGAAUAUAAACAAUUUUUAAAACAUUAUAAUGAACCAUAUGUUCAAUCAAAUUCAUUACCAUUUUAUCAAACACCUAUACAACGUAUGUUAACAACACCUGAAUGUGUAUCAUUAGUACCUCUUAUAUUAGAACAAUUUGUUAGUGAUCAUGGAACUGAUUUAUCAAUUGUUGAUGAUUGUUUAUAUGCUCGACCAACAAAAACAAGAUGUAUAUUUGGACGAACAAAACAUUUUUCAACUGAUAAUUGGCUUCAACAACAUCCAUUAAGUUUAAUUGCUAAAGCUGAUUGUAAAGAUGUAUAUGAUCAUCGUUUAGUUCGUUUAUGUGUUGAUUUAAAAUUUAAUUUAUUUGGAAAUUUUCUUUAUUUUAUUAUACUUUGUUGUCAAUCAACAUAUGUUGCACUUUAUACAGGUAUUGCAUUAGGUUCACCAACACCAGCUGAUCAAGGUAAAAAUUAUUAUCAAAUGGUUAAUCAUUCAUGUUUUGAUUUAUGUAUAACAUUGGCUAAUGAUCAUACAAAUCCAGCUACAGAUCAUCCUGCAUUACGUGCUUUACGUUUAAUUUUAUUAAUUUUAUCUGGUUUUGCUUUACUUAAAGAACUUUUUCAAAUACUUACACAAAGAGAAAAAUAUUUUCGAAGAUUUUAUAUUAAUCUUAUUGAAUUACAUAUGUAUGUUAGUGCCAUAAUAUAUUCAGUAGAUGUAAAUGAAUGUACACGUCAAACAGGAAUUCGUUGUUCAGCUCAAUGGAUGGCAGGUGGUAUUGGUCUAAUAUCAGUAUGGACAUCUUUAUUAUUAAUUGUUAUGAAUGGUAUUAAAUUUGGUAAACAUGGUCUUUUAUUUAUAACUGUAUUUGUAACAUUUCUUAAAUUUAUUGCUGUUUAUUUUAUGAUAUGGAUUGGUUAUAUCUUAGCUUUUUAUAUGUUAUGUAAAGAUAUAAUGGAACAAUUUCAAUUUUUUAAUUUUGUACCAAAAUUAUUAGUUAUGUUUGUUGGAGAAUAUGAUAUGAGUGGAACAUUUUUUCCAAAUAAUAAAUUAAUACCAGGUUCAGAAGGUGCACUUAUACUUUAUAGUGCUUAUAUAUUCACUAUGUUUAUUGUUAUGAUGAAUAUAAUGGGUGGUUUAGCAGUAGCUGAUGUAAAAGAAUAUCGUUUAAAUGCUAAACGAGAACAUUUACGAGCACGUAUUGGUGUUGUAUUAGGUUUUCAAGCACGUUUAGGUGGAUUUUGUGAAACAAUUGGUAAUAUUAUAAGAAAAUUAGCUCGAAAUGUUCGUUUAAUGAAUUUUUGGGAACAAUUAAAUCUUUUUCCAUUAAAAUAUCAUUUACGUAAACUUGAAAUACGUUCAUAUGUAACAAAUAUUCCACAUAAUAUUCAUUCAAUAUAUUUUUCUCCAUUAACACCAUUAAGAAGACGUGAACAUAUUUUAUUUCAUCCAUCCAUAUCAUCAUCACCACCAAAUAUUGGAAUAUUUGAAGAAGUACAAACUGAAACAGGUUAUUAUUAUCAUCAAGAUAUAACACGUAAUAAUAGUUUAUUUAAUGAAGAAGAACAUACACGUUUAUUAAGAAAAACUGAUGAUAUACGUGAUGCUAUUGAAGAAACAGGAAUACGAACAAAUAAUGAAAUAAGAAAAGUAGCAUUAAGUUUACAAAAUGAAUUAGAAGAUAUUAAACGAAGAUUAAUGCAACGAUAA